AUGAACUGCAGCAAGACUCCUGACUUUGCCCUCUCAGGGUUGUCCAGUGAUCCAGAGAAACAGCAGUUCCUCUUUGGUCUCUUUCUGGCUCUCUACUUGCUGGGCCUUCUAGGGAACUUGCUCCUUCCACUAGUUAUUGGUGCCGACGUCCACCUCCACAGCCCCAUGUACUUCUUCCUCAGCCAGCUCUCCCUGGUGGAUCUCUGCUUCACUACCACCACAGCCCCUAAAAUGCUGAAGGUUUUGUGGAGCAGCAGUGGAUCCAUCUCUUUCUCUGGAUGUCUGACCCAGUUAUACUUCUUUGCUGUUUUUGCUGACAUGGACAGCCUGCUUUUGACGGUCAUGGCUGUUGACCGCUAUGCUGCUAUUUGCCAUCCUCUGCGAUACCCACUCCUAAUGACUCCUUGCAGAUGUGGGGGGCUGGUUGCUGGGUCAUGGGGAGUGGCCCACUCUGUCUCUCUGGUCCAUAUCCUGUUACUCUCCCAGCUAUCUUUUCAUACUAAUCAAGAGAUUCCUCACUUUUUCUGUGAUUUUGGCCCACUCUUACAGCUUUCUUGCUCUGAUACCCACCUCAGUGAGGACCUGAUGAUGACUCUGACUGUUGUUUUAGGAAUCAGCCCUCUCCUCUGCAUCAUAAGUUCUUAUGCCCGAAUUUUCCAUGCUGUGGCUAGAGUUCCAUCAGCACAAGGGAAAAGGAAAGCACUGGCCACAUGCAGCUCCCACCUCUCCAUGGUCAUCCUCUUCUACAGCACAGUCUUUGCCACCUAUCUGAAGCCCCCAUCAACUUCUCACUCCUCUGGGGAGAUGGCUGCUGCUAUCUUGUAUACCCUGGUAACUCCCACUCUAAACCCUUUCAUUUAUAGCCUGAGAAAUACGGAUGUGAGGAGUUCACUGAAAAGGAUUCUGGGCAUGGAGAGUUCUCAGGAUUAG